CAGACUGAAUAUGUCUUAUUACGGCAAUAUAAACAUUCCUGGGACACAUGCGAUGUGUGAAGAUGAAGAGGAGAUGAAUAUCUAUGCUAAUGCGCAUGCUCAUGAUGCCACGACAGAAAAAGAGAACUCGGACACCAAGAGACACCAAACACCUCGACGCACAGGAAGCUCCAGAGCAGCUGUAGUGUGUUUGGUGCUGCUGUGUGUUCUUCUGCUGACUGCAGUCAUAGUGCUGUGUGUCCACAUCCAUACAAAGAACACAAACGAGACGAAACUCACAGAAGAGAGAGACCAGCUACUAACCACAAUCAAAGACUUUACAGCUGAAAAUAAAGAAUUAUUAUUCAAAAAUGAUAGUCUAAGGAAACAAAUUGAUGACCUACAGAAACGUCUUGGUGAAAUGGAUAAAUCCUGUCUUUACUAUUUUUCUUCUGAGAGGAAGAGCUGGACUGAGAGCAGAAAAUACUGUAUGGAGAGAGGAGCAGAUCUGAUCACCAUAAACAAUAAAGAGAAACAAGAAUUAUUUAGGAACUUGUUUGGUUAUAAUAGAGUCUGGAUUGGUCUGACUGACAGUGAUCUGGAGGGCAGAUGGAAAUGGGUUGAUGGCAGCACACUGACUUCUGGGGAUCGAUUGUGUGAGGAACAGAAACUGUAG